AUGGCUACUAUCAAGUCCGGUACCGCGAAGAGUGAAAAAUUCAAAUACAUCGUUCCCAAAGCCUGGAGAGAUUCGAGGUUCAGUGGAAAAUUCGCAGCCGCUCGUCAUAAAGGUAGAACUUACUCUCAAAACAUCUCUCGUAACAUCCCUGCAGCCGGAGAAGAGCUGGGGAACGUUACCACCAUGCCCAAACAGACAUCCAACAUGGCGAUCCUUCCAGCCGGAAAAGAGCUGAGGACCUACUGCCCCAGUCCAGCAUACCUCUUGGACGUGUCGAAGACUUUUAUCAAAACAGUCUUGAUUCCUCCAGCCGUCGAAGAGCUGGGAGUCUUCCAGUCCUUCUCGCCAACUAGGACGCGUCGGGAGAUUCAUGCACGUACACAUGGUGCUCGUUGGAAACGACCCACGGGCGGAAUGAGGAGUAGUCAUCGCCCUGAAUCAAGUGGCACAUCAUCAACUCACUCUCCCGUACUAACACACAGUACUGAACUCACGUUCUGGGGAAUGAAAAUCGAUUGGUACUUUGGCCUCCACGUCUUGACCGUUAUCCUUCUUUGCAUUUCCGCAAAAUGGCUGAUAUCUCGCUGGAAAAACCCCAAGGACAAGAAGCCGAAUGAAAAGAAGCGGGAGGACAAGAGGCGGAAGGACAAGCCAAGAGUCUACGUGAAACCGGAGCUGAAAAGAAGAAGGAACAAGCUUGCGAACGUUUACAGAAAUGUGGAUCAAGCGCAGAGCCGUCCAUUACGGACCCAAAAUCAGGUCUUGCAGCGUCUUGUGCGCAAGCGGAAUGAUAUUGCCAAAACAACUGGAAACGCGGCUGAUAUGCUCUUAGCAGCAAAUCAAGACCUUUUCAAGGAAAAAGAAACUCUGAUCGGGAUAGUCGAGCAACUAGGAGACUCCCUGGUUUCGCUUACUUCAGGAGGCCCACCACCUCCACCUUCUCCACCACCACCACCUCCACCUCCACCUCCUUCGCCUCCGCCUCCGCCUCCGCCUCCACCUCCACCAGGACCAAACACUUCCGGUGAUGAGUGGGAGGAUGGACAAUACGACGAUAAGUUUUCUGGUCCGGGAGCCUCGAGAAGUAAGGCAAUUGGAAAGAAAGCUGGUGACCUUGAAUCCAAGCGGAAAGCUUUCGAGAGUGAGACGUUUGCAGGCCAGCGUAGAUAUGAUGGGCUUGGGGAAUUCGAUCAUUUUCGACUCAAAGUGCUGCGACCAGGUGGACUGGCUCGCAGUGAUGAAGACAUCAAGUCAGAAGCCAAGAAGCUCGUCAGCGAAUAUCUGAGUAGCGACCUCCCAAUUGAUUAUCGGAAUGUCGGAAAACCCUCGGUGGAUACGCGAGGGGGCUUUGAAACCCAUGUAUUUCCAGAUUCAGAUUCUGAACAAUCGUCACCGACGAAUCGAGAGCAAGCCUCGCAGGUCCAAAAACAACCCCUUCAGCCGCCGCAAGGAGAUAAACAGGCGGCAGGUGAAGCUUUAGAAACGAAAGAAGAGGAUCCAUUGAAGGAGAGCCUCCGUCGAAUCAGCAUGUUGCAUUGGAAAAUCCUCAAGAAUGAGCUCCUUAUGCAAAGAGAUGAUGAAUUCUCUAUCGAAGGAGCGCAGACGCACAAUGACCACACUGGCGACGGCAAAAAUCCUAAAUCUGACGCCGCUCCACUGAGGACCGCCAAAGCUGAACCACAAAACCCACGAGCACAAGAGCAGACUCAACUAGCUUCUGAGCAAACUGAACAAGCACAAGAGCAGACUCAAAAGACUUCUGAGCAGACUCAACUAGCUUCUGAGCAAACUGAACAGGCUUCUGAGCAGACUCAACAGGCUUCUAAGCAGACUCAAAAGGCUUCUGAGCAGACCCAAAAUUCCUUCAAGGAAGUGCAACCAGGCUCGCCUAAGGGCAAGGAGAAAUUACGAGCGGCCGAUUCUCCCGGUCUCAAGCGGCUGCUGGAGGAGAAGAUGGCAGCAGAAACCGCUUUUCAAAAGGCGCCUCUCCACCCGCCAGCGAAUCAUGACCAUGGAUUAGCUAUUCAGCCAGAGGCAAAAGAUCUUUCUGGUCAAGAGGCAUCUCGAGAACAGAAAUCGCAGACGGCUGAUUCACAGGCGCCUCCUCAACCGUCGGCAAGCCAUGACCAUGGAUUAGCCAUUCAGCCAGAGGCAGGGGAUCUUUCUGGUCAAGAGGCAUCUCGAGGACAGGAAUCGCAGACGACUGGUCCACAGGCGCCUCCUCAACCGUCGGCAAGUCGAGAUCAGGGGGCUAUUCAACCAGAGACAGAUCAUCCUUCUGAUGAAGAUUUGCCUCGUAUGCAGAGGCUUGAGAAUUUAGUAGGUCCACUAGACCGCUCUGACUUCCGUGUUCGCAAUACCCUGCGAGAGGAGUUCCAAGACCGACGGCUGACUGCACCGGUCAAUCGGGGCAUUGGUCUCCCGAACCUUCACUCACGGACCAGGUCAGAUCCAUCUCUAGACCAGCUCAAAGGAGAUUCAGAACCCUCCUCGCCAGAUUCUCACACAAGUGAUCAGGACAAUAAGCGCCCGACACGACCCCGAAACAACUCAUUUCCAACACCACCAAAACAAGAGCCACCAAGCUCCCCACCAAGCCCUCAACCAAGCUCUAAAUCAAGCGAGCCGGGUGACGACGACGAGGCACCCUUGGCACCCGGGCUCAUGCGCCCCCAGGACGUUCCCAAGGAUCCGGGUGAUCCAAGAAUAAUGUGCCCCCAGGAUCUGGACUGCAAGAAUCCUGGCUGUUUUGAAAUCCACCACAACCGUUUCCAAACGCGCAACUCCCUCAUCCUGCGCAAAACAUGGUGCGGACGCGGUCACGAGUGCGAAUCUGUGGGCUGCGUGCAGCGUCAUCCUUCGCCAGCGUUUUUGACGCCUCGUACUUUUGCCGGACCCGCUGCGUUCAAUCCACCGCAGCCAUUGGGUCGGGUUGGACGAGGAGCUGGACCAGGGCUUGAACUUGGAGUUGGACGAGGAGUUGGGGGAGAGCCUUUUCGGGGAGCUGGUGCAGCAGCUGGUGCAGCUGGACGAGGAGCUGGGCCGGAAGCUGGAGGAAAGAGACCUUGCAAGUAUGGCAGGUUAUGUCCGAGGAGGAGCAAAGGAUGCCAUUCAGGCAUCCGCAAAGGGAUGGAGACUAGGGAGACAAUAAGGACGAUGGGGGAAAAGAAAGGGAAAGAAGACAUAGAGAGAGCCAAAGAUCGUAGAGGGUCUUUGCUCGAGGAAGAGACGAGAGAUAUGAGGAUAAUGAGCUUGCAUAAUGUUGUAUGA